CUUGUUGUUGGUACAGCUACUUUGAGAAAGAACACUUCCGGCUGACGAAGACUUACCCUCAAUUUGUGGUUCAGCUGGUACCCAGCUCUCACGUUCCGAUUUGUCACGCUAACGCUGGGAGGAGGGCUUGCGUUGGAGGUCACACUGUCCCAUUGGCUGCUGGCGCGGUGGCGGUUUGAAGUGAGGCUAGCGUGUUGAGCUGAAGUUUCUGAGGAGUGUCGUGGCCCAAGGCUUAGCGUUUAGCCGAGUGUAUGGGGGGAAUCCAGGACCAGGGCCGGGUCAGGUCUGGGCCUUCCGGGGGGAUGGAUCUGGUGUGGAGUGCGUGGUGUGGGAAGUUCGUCAAAGAUAAAAGCUUGUCGCCCCUCUGGGCCCAGCGCAUCGUAGUGGCCUGGCUCAGUAAGGCCGAGUGGGAUCAGGUGACGGUGUAUCUGUUCUGUAAUGACCAUAAAUUGCAGCGGUACGCGCUGAACCGCAUCACAGCAUGGAGGAGCAGGUUAGGCAACGAACUGCCCCUGGCAGUGGCUUCUACUGCUGACCUGGUACGCUGUAAGCUCUUGGAUGUAACUGGUGGCUUGGGCACUGAUGAACUUAGACUGCUCUAUGGCAUGGCAUUGGUCAGGUUUGUGAAUCUUAUCUCGGAGAGGAAGACAAAGUCUGUCAGGCUCCCCCUCAGGUUCCUGGCUCAGGAGGUGAACAUCCCGGAUUGGAUUGUUGAACUUCGCCAUGAGUUGACCCACAAGAAAAUGCCUCAUAUAAAUGACUGCCGUAGAGGUUGCUAUUUUGUUCUGGAUUGGCUCCAGAAAACCUACUGGUGCCGCCAACUGGAGAACAGCCUGAGAGAGACCUGGGAGUUGGAGGAGGACAAGGAAGAGACAGAUGAAGACAACCAAGAGGAAUCAAACAACAUUGUUGAUGACAUCCCAGAACAGAAACCAAAGCCUAUGGAUGAAGAGAAAAGUGCAGAGCUGGAUGUCAGGGUUGAUGGAGACAGCACAGGUGACAAAGAGAUUGAUGCACAUUGGGAGAAGGCUCAGAGACAUAAAGAGCUGUAUGAAAGAGCCCGAGAACUACUGGUAUCAUAUGAAGAGGAGCAGUUUAAGGUACUGGAGAAAUUUAGGUAUUUACCUCAGGCUGUUAAGGUGUGGAAUCAACUGCCCCCGCCUGUAGACUGUAUCCUGGCAGAACUCAAAGGCAUUACAUGCGAGAACAGGGAAGCUGUGCUGGAUGCUUUUCUAGAUGAUGGCUUUCUCAUCCCCACAUUUGAGCAGUUGGCAGCUUUGCAGAUAGAGUAUGAAGAUGGGCAGACUGAGGUCCCGAGAGGGGAAGGUACUGACCCAGAGUCACACAAAAACGUGGACUUCAAUGAUAUCCUGGUACCAAAGCCGUUCUCUCAAUUCUGGCAGCCUCUGCUUAGGGGCCUGCACUCCCAGACCUUCAUGCAGGCCCUGCUAGAGAGGAUGUUCUCCGAACUGCCAGCCUUGGGGAACAGUGGGAUCCGGCCCACCUACAUCCUCAGAUGGACGGUUGAACUGAUCGUGGCUAACACCAAGACUGGACGGAAUGCCCGCCGAUUUUCUGCAGUCCAGUGGGAAGCAAGAAAGAGCUGGCGGUUAUUCAACUGCUCUGCAACCCUUGACUGGCCCUGGGUGGUUGAGUCCUGCUUGGGUUCACCUUGCUGGGCCAGCCCCCAUCUCCUCCAGCUCAUCUUCAAAGCCAUGGGGCAGGUCCUGCCAGAUGAGGAUCAGAAGAAGCUGCUGCAUAUCUGUUCCAUUUAUACACAGAAUGGAAAAAACAGCCUGGUGGAGGAUGGCUCAGAGGCCUCCCCUAUUGGAAAGUCUGCAUACACAGUGGACAGCCUGUAUUGGAGCCUCAAACCCUCUGGCCCCGACUCCAGGCCUGAAGGAGAAGCCCAGCAGCAGGAGGAGAAGGGAAACCUUAAUGAUGUCAAGGAAGAUGAGAUGGAGGAGAAUGAGGUCUUAGAAGACCAGAUAGAAGAGGAGGAAGAGGAAAAUGAUUACCAAGAGAAGUGGGAGGAGGAGGAGGAGGAUGAAGAUGACGAUGAUGAUGAAGAUGAUGAAGAUGAUGAUGAGGAAGACAGAAUGGAGUUGGGUACUUUCUCUUUGGAGGAAGAGUCCCCCACUGUCGAGAAUGCCAGGCUCCUGGCUCAGAAAAGAGGAGCUCUGCAGGGUUCUGCAUGGCAAGUUAGCUCGGAAGAUGUGCAGUGGGGCAUCUUCCCCAUCGGCCGAAUGCCAGGUCAGACUGAGGACCCAGCAGAGCUUAUGCUGGAGAAUUAUGACACCAUGUAUCUUUUGGACCAGCCUGUGCUAGAGCAGCGGCUGGAACCUCCAACAUGCAAGAUAGGUUGUAGGCCCCAGAAGAGAGGCAUUGCUGGACAUACAGGCCAGCCAGCAUCAGGGAAAUCUGCUCAGAACCUCCCAGACAGCAGGAAGACCCAACCUUACUGAUGUUACCCAGCAGGCUUCUGACUCAUUUCCCUGCCUGCCCUCACUGGGGACCAAACAGCAGUUAAAAGUGAGAGUAACCUUUUUUCGUUACUUUCUCACUCCUUUGGCCUAGAAAAUAUGGAAUGAACUUCCUUGUGGUGAGCACUGAGAGACAGGGAUGGAUAAACCAUGUUCUCACUCCUUAGAGCCCUCUUCCCAGUAAGAAAGAACAGUCACCAAUAAGUGCCAUAAGGGAUUGUGGUAUGCUACCCCAAGUUUUUCUCAGGGUGAAAUUUCCAGGGUGGUGGUUGACUGAGGUCAAGUCUAGCUAUAGUAUCUCCUGCCCCAAGUCUGGGGAGAGUAAUUAACUGUGUGAGACAGUGAGCGUCUCUGUGGGGCCAAGUUUGGGCCCUGAGGAGGGGAGCAAGGGACAGAACCAGGCAACUCUCCAGUCAAGAAGCUGGUCCAAGAAGUGGCUGAGCCAAGGAACAAUGGAGAAGGAUUAUGCUAUGAAAAUGCCAAGGAGGACCCUAGCUGGUUUGACUCAGUGGUUAGAGUGUUGGCCUGCGGACUGCAGGGUCCCAGGUUUGAUUCUAGUCAUGGGCACACACCCGGUUGCGGGCUCAAUCCCCAGUGGGGGGCGUGCAGGAGGCAGCCAAUCAAUGAUUCUCUCUCAUCAGUGAUGUUUCUUUCUUUCUCCUCCUUUCCUCUAUGAAAUCAAUUUAAAAAAUGCCAAGGAGGAAUUUAAUGAAAAUGUUAUGCUAGAGCCUUCUGUCAAGGGUUUUAACUUGAGUUAGGACCUCUAGGGACUGCUCAACACCUUUUAAAGGAUAUCCUGAAUGUCUCUGUGGCUAUGUGUAUAUAAUUUUUCUAGGGCUGGUCCACAGAUCGAAUCCAAUUAUUAAAGGGGUCCAUGAGGUCAGCAGCCCAACGGGGUUAAGAUUUCCUGUGCUGUGUGGACCUAAGCAUUAAGCACGGGCCAAGCAGUCUCCUGCACUGAUUACUGUCAGUUUUUCUCUUAAUCUUCCCUCUCCUGCCACAAUGACAAAUGCUGUCUUUUUGCAUCCUGAAAUGUCAGAGCUGCAGGAGCCCUCAAGCAUCUAGGCCAUAUCUGGUCAAGAGACUUGCAAAAGUACUCUGGGAGAUAGCUCAGCACCUGCUCCACGAGAAGGUGGUGCUGCAAGUUCUUGGUUUCCCUCCACCACUUCUCUAAAGCAGCCUGAAUUUUAUCUACUAUGUAUGUAUUGGUAUUCUACAUAGGAUUUUUAAAUUUUUUGUAAAAUGGGUUUGGUGGCUAAAAAGUUGGGAAAUCAGUUUUUUUCCUUUACUGAUUUGAGAGAGAGAGAAACAUCAGUUUGUUGUUCUACUAAUUUAUGCAUUGAGAUAGAGAGACAUCGAUUUGUUUUCCACUUAUUUAUGCAUUCAUUGGUUGAUUCUUGUAUGGGCCCUGACUGGGUAUUGGACCCACAAACUUGGUGUAUUGAGAUAAAGCUCUAACCAACUGAGCUACCUGGCCAGGGCCUGGAGAUCAUAGUUUUAAUCUAGACCCCUCAUUUUAGGCAUUGAGACACUGAGGCAGACAAAAAGGGAAGGAAUUAGCCUAAGGGCACAGAACAAUUUAAUAGCUUGGUAUAGAUCCACAUUUCUUGCAAAAUCAGCAUCACCUGGGUACUUGUUAGAAAUACAAAUGUUUAACCCCACUUCUAACCAGAAUCAGAAAGGUUGAGAUGGGCAGCAAUCUAGUUUAACAAGCCCUUCACAUGAUUCUGAUGCAUGGUAAAGUUUGAGAUGCACUGAGUAGAAAGCUACCCAAAGACCUAUGUUCCAGGCAAGUUCUAUCACUUAAUGAGAACAACCCGGGGCAAAUAAUGCUACAGUUUCUUCAUAUGUAGAAGGAGAAUACUGUUUGCCUCAUAGGCUUGUUGCAAGGAUCAAAAAAGAUAACAUGAAAGUGCUCUAUAAAGCUUAUGAUAUAAAGCUUUGUAUAUAUGAAUGAUAUAUAUUCAUACCAGAGUUGGUGGGUCUUGAUCUCAGGACUCAGGUCUUCAUAUAUCCUUGGACAAAGUGCUUUCUCCUGGCCUUCAAAGACUGACCUAAAGAUGAGGGGCAGGCUAUCUGAGCUCAUUUUUAGUCCAGGUCAAAGGAGAGUAAGAGGCAAGGGUCAUUGUUGGCUGAAAUCCUCCUAAAACCUGGGAUUUGUGGAGCCAGGUUCCUGGGUGGGCUGCUUCAGAUAGCAGGGAUGGGGUUGAGUGGGGGGUGGGUGGGGAAGGACCAGCCAGGAAGGACAUUAGCCCAAUGUCCUUGGACCUCUUCCUUCUGACUAGAGAUUGGUUAGAAAGUCUUUCAGCUACACACAUUUAACAGGGAACAGAGUUGGGAGUCAAGGAAAGGGAGCAUAGAUUAUAUUAUUUAACAACACUAAUUGAGAUUCACUCUUUCAUGAUUCCUGCCCCCAAGGAACUUCCUGUUUUGUGGGGGAGUCUGCUGUGCCAACACAAUUAUAACAGAGUGACAUGUACUAAAAUAGAGGUAUUGUUCAAGAUACUUGCAAGGCCCACUGGAGGGAGGACUAACAAUAUUUGGACAAGGAGGUGGGACAGCUUAAUAGAGGAGUUGAUGUUAGCAGUGUGUCUUCAAAGUCAAUAGAGUACUAGUCACAACAAGGAUUAGAAAGAAGGCAAAAGUCUGGAGGGGAUAAGAAAGAGCAUGGCAUGUUGGGGCACCUGUGAAGGGUUCAGGAUGAUUGGAACAUGCGUUAUGUGAAGAAAAUGUAGGUCCUGAGUCCAGAGAGGUAAGCUACAUACAAUGGGUUAUGGUCAGACUAGUUGAUUUUCCACCUAUGAUUAGGGAGAGGCAUUGAACACUGAAUUGUUCCUUCCUGAAAUUCUAUUUUUAUUACUUCCCCUACCCUCAUGCUGCUACUGCCCUCCAAGAAAGUCUUUUUUUUAGAAAAUUAAAUGUAUUAGCCCUGGCCAAGUAACUCAGUUGGUUAGAGCAUCGUUCCAUAAACCAAGGUUGCAGGUUUGAUCCCUUGUCUGGGCACAUACAAGAAUCAGCCAAUGAAUGCAUAAAUAAGUGGAACAACAAAUCUCUCAUCAAUAAAAAAUUAAAUGUAUUAGGAUAACAUCAGUUAAUGACAUUAUAUAAGUUUCAGGUGUACAAUCCUAUAACAAUGAAAGUCUUUAUUCAUUUAUUACUCUAAGUGUACUUCAUUCCCUCAAUAGAGCGCAAGUUCCAGAAAACAGGAACUGUUUCCUCCUCUUCAUUUCUCUCUAGCCCAGUAUAGGCCAGGCCCCUAUUUGGUACUCGGUAAGACCUUGCCAUAAGUAUGCCUGAGAAAUGUGUGAGAAGGCAGCAAGGGGAAGGACACAGAGAGGAAGAGGGUGGGGAGAGAUGAGCACUCUUAAUCUCAAGAAAGAUGAUGAAAGAAAAAAGAAAAGAUAUUCUCAGAUUCACGAAUAGCCCCUCCCAAAGGCUUCUAGGCUGAGCUCUGCAGCUGUGGCCACCUCUGCCUUUAUAAUGAGACUGGCCUGGAGUGUCAGGAAUGGACUGAGUAGGAGGCUCCAGAGAGGACUGAGGGAAGAGCAGACACCCCUGUGAUAAAGGGCUCACUGGCCUGGAGCAAUGAGGUCAGGGUUUCAUUCAUGGCUUUGCCACUAACUCCCUGUUCAGCUUUGGUCAAAUUACUUCAUUUUUUGGAAUCUCAGUUCCCACACCUAUAACCUGAUAGAGUUGAUGCUGCUGAGUACUCCCCGAGUGACUUUUCUGUGAAGUAUAGAGUGCCAGGAGGCUUCUAGCUCUAAGGCCCAGCAGAUGAUGCCUCUGUGACACUGAGGCUAUUCAGGGGAUAAACUAUAGGUUCUUUACAGAAAUAAGCCUCAAAUCUGAGUUCUCCACCUUGUUCUGAACCACCAGUGGAUGCCUUGCCCCACUCAAGCCUGAGGGAAUCUCCAGUUGACUAGCAUUUAGAGCUGUGUUAGUAGACAAAAACUGCUACUGUGAUAAAAUUCAGUUGAACUCAUUUGGGAAGAUCCCCCUCCUUAUACCUUAUGUCAAGAUGCCAGUUCCAAGGACAGAAAUUUAAUCAUUUUAGGAGCAAACCAGAGUGUGUAUAUAUGUAGGUGUGGUAUGACUUUUGGUGUUGUUCUUAAAGAAACAAAGCCAUUACUGGUUAGUAGACAAAUAGUUUAUGCAGUAAAUAAGUGUAGUUACAGUUCAUUGUUGUCAAGUAUACACCAUUUUCCAUCACUAUUAUAGGCAAAACAAAUUAAAACCUCAUAGUCAUAGACAUUCAUGCUAGUAAGUACAUAUUGCAAAGCAUUGCACAUGCAUUAUAGAGUCAGACAAAAUGGGGUAGAAUAUGUUUUCACUCACCUCUGGUUAGCUUUGUAUAUUUUGUCAUUGAGACUUACAUUGUGUUUGGGUCAAACAAAAAACCCAAAGAGAUUUUAUAAAAGUUUACAACCAUUAAACAGUAUUGUUUAAUCCUACAAAUAGAUAAAGCAAACUACUAUAGCUCAAUGAUUCACAAACCAGGAUGGAAAAUAGUCAAUCUGCCUAUAUAUAUAGCUAGCUACAAUAUAAUAGAUAGUGAACAUUCUGAGUCUUUUCAAAGGCAUUGACUACUUUAGACAAGCAGGUUCCCAAAAUAUACUGGUUUGGUUUACAAUGAGAACUAACGUCAUUUCAUUUGAAGACUAUAUACUCCUCAGUGUCAGAACUGAGGAGAAGCAAACUAGGGGAAGGCAGAGAAGGGUUAGCAGGAGACCUGAGCAGGACUCUUUGGACAGCUUAACAUUACUUUCCCUGUGUAGUUCCAGACCUGGUUCACAGAGUAAAACAAAGUGUAUUAAAAUUGGCCCUCAGCCCUGGCCAGUGUGGCUCAGUUGGUUGGAGCAUCUCCCUGUGCCCCAAAGGGUCAUGGGUUUGAUUCCCGGUCAGGACACAUACCCAGGUUGCAGUUUUGAGCCCCGGCCGGGGCAUGUACGGGAGGCAACGAAUAGAUGUUUCUCUCUCACAUCAAUAUUUCUCUCUCUCUCUCUCUCUCUCUCUCUCUCUCUCUCUCUCUCUCUCUCUCUCUCAUCUAUCUAUCUCUCUAUCUCUCAAAUUAAUAAAAACAUAUCCUCCAGAAAGAAAGAAAGAAAGAAAGAAAGAAAGAAAGAAAGAAAGAAAGAAAGAAAGAAAGAAAGAAAGGGAAAGAAAGAAGAAAGAAAUUGGCCCUCAAAAGGGGCAUUUGUAUAGCAUAAAUAGAAUGGUAUCUCAAAUUUUUUUAUAUUAGAAGAAAACCCAGUGUCAAAGGUUAAUGGUAUCAAUGUUUGAAUAUUGUAUAAAGACAAUUUAUUCUAAAAUAGAAAAAGUGGGAUUUAGAAGUAUUCUCCUGGAAACUAGCAGAGAGAGGGAGAGAGAGAGGGACAGAAAUAAUUACUUAGAAGAAAAGUUUGUAGGCCAUUUCCAUAAGGCAUCUGUCAUUCUCCCUUCCAUACCUUACACCUUAAGAGAGAGUGUAGUGGCUGUAUGCUACCUUUGAAAAGGUUCCCUGGAUUGAACAUGCCACUCCAGAGUCACACUUCCUCAGGUUGAAAUAAAACAUAACAACAACAACAAAAUCUACAAAAUCUAAGGUCUAAACAAGCGUAGACUUUCCAUGAGUUCAGAAACUCAGAGGAAGAAUUAAAAUUGCAAAGCACCUCUUGCAAAAUGUACUACUGCUUGAAAACCACACAAAACACUGUGCAGUAACCCCUGCUGAGUGCUUUGAGGUAAAUAUCCUGAAGCACACCCACUUAGGUCCAUGAAGGAAGCUUGAUUUCAUUAUCAAGGAAGCCAAGGGGGUUCCAAUGCUUCUUUGAAUUUGCUGUUUUAUAAUUACAGACACAAUGGAAAAGUCAAGAAGUGUGUAGGCCUCAAUGUAAAGAAAAUGUUUCUCUAAUAACGUCACUAAGAAACAAGCUGGAUUUAUGCAUUCAUAAUUGUAUAGCUCUACUUACCAAUUCUUGCAAAUGAUUCACUAAUACUGACACUUGGUAUACGAAAUUCCUUUUGCAAGGACAUAUUAAAUUUAAUAGGCUAAGGAGAAUUUAUUGCAAUAUAAUGCUUGAAACUGUAUAUACAAUGUGCACAUAGUAAUAAAGAGGCCUUGAAAAAC